AUGAAGAUCACCUUAAAAGAUUGGUUGUUGUCCUUGCAUUUCAUGCCGCUUGAGUUUGGCAUGCUGCUGACUCUGUUUAUGUUUUUCAUAGCACCUACUUAUGCUGUAUGGUCGCUGAUGCUACUUGCAUCCGGUAGCUUGUGUACAAUGGCGCUACUCGUUGUUCUUCCGCUUGCGCCACUGAAAUCUAGAGGCACGCAUCACGUUGGUAUUCGUCACCUUACGCGCGACCUUGCUGUGUACUACCCAACGUUUAUUAAACCAAUUGAGGGGGAAUCUUGGCUUCCUGGCAAUGACUCCUUUUACAUCCACGCUAUGGCGGCGACGGCCGGGGUAGGCACGCUCUGGCUGAAGCAUUUGAAGCUUGUGCAGAUUCCAUGUACUCGCAACGCGAGUAUCGUCUCACUAAUGGCACAUGACGGCACGCCUAGGAAAGUAUUUAUUCUGAGUCAUGCAUUAACUGCCCAUCACUUGGCAUACUCACAACUCGCCCUGGCAUUGGCUUCAUCCGGUGCUCUGGUGUAUAGCGUACUUCAUUCUGAUUGUAUAGAUAUUUCUGUUGAAAAGAGGGCUGACCACGCACCUGUGGGUGGAAAUGGGGACGAGUCCUUGCUAGAACUGGGGCUCAGCGAAGAGCUCAUGGAGGUGCAUCUGGAAAGACGUAUUGAGGAUAUUGUAGGUAUUAUAGAGGGCAUUUCCGGAGGGCAACUUCUCCGACAGUUGCACGUUGGGCCUGUAGAAUUACAGUCAUUUCUUUCUUCUGGGAGCAAAAUCAACCUUAUUGGUCACGGCUUUGGCGCAUUGACAAUGCUAGCUGCCGCCAUAAAGACUCCUGCAAUUGCAUCCUGCAUUUAUUCCAUUACUGCCCUUGAUGCAUGGCCGCUAGGCCUGCUGGAGCGUACUGUAGGCGGAAAGAUCUCCAUGCCGUUGCACACUCGGGUGCAGCUCGUUGACUCCGAGGAAUGGUGCGAGCGCCAGAAUUACUCGGCACUAUUCGAGGAACUACGGGUGAAGCUUUCCUCCGCUGGUGUCUCAUGCCUCCGCACAACUUGCAGUGGGACGGACCACAAGUCUAUCAUGGACAUGGGUCUCCUGCUGCCCCUGAUUAAACGAAAGCGUUUUUCCUCCAGGAAAUCCGCAAAGCUUAUUCCACUGAUGGCCAAAGAAGUGCUACAGUUUGCCGAGUAA